CGAAGGCGGAGGAGAGGCUCGAACCUUCUUCUCCUUCCCCUGCCCUCCACGCAACGCGACGCGAGAGCGAAACCGAAGCCCAAAUCCAUUUCGAUUUCGAAUCCCCCUCGCGUCGCCUUCCUCCCCGCACGCGCCGUCGCGAUCCGCCCGCCCCUCCCCUCCCCCAAAUCUGCGGGCGGCGCCUCCAUCUGGCCUCGGCGCGACAGCGACAGGCGGGCGCGCGGGGAUGGGGCGGGUCUUUGCGGUGGACGCCGCGGCGGCGACGUCCGCAUCGGCGCUCAACGGCGCGGUGGACUGGUGGAAAGACGUGAACGCCUCACCGAUGUGGCAGGACCGCGUCUUCCACGCCCUCGCCGUGCUCUACGGCCUCGUCUCCGUCGUCGCUCUUGUCCAAUUGAUCAGAAUCGAGUGUAGGGUGCCCGAGUAUGGGUGGACGACGCAGAAGGUGUUCCAUUUCCUUAACUUUGUCGUGAACGGCGUGCGAUCCAUCGUGUUUGUGCUGCGGCGAAACAUGCAGCUCAUACAACCAGAGAUACUUCAACAUGUGAUUCUUGAUAUGCCUGGGCUUGCAUUCUUCACAACAUAUGCCCUGUUGGUGCUGUUCUGGGCUGAAAUUUACUAUCAGGCACGAGCAAUGUCGACUGAUGGGCUCAGGCCAACUUUCUAUUGGAUCAAUGGUGUGGUUUAUGCGAUUCAGAUAAGUCUUUGGUUGGUUUUGUGGUGGAAACCAGUUCGAGUUAUGGUCAUAUUGUCAAAGAUGUUCUUUGCAGGCGUAUCACUCUUUGCAGCUUUUGGGUUCCUUCUGUAUGGUGGGAGGUUAUUCCUCAUGUUGCAACGUUUCCCCGUAGAAUCAAAAGGAAGGCGCAAAAAAUUGCAGGAGGUUGGCUAUGUGACUACAAUCUGCUUUACUUGUUUCUUGAUCAGAUGUGUCAUGAUGUGCCUCAAUGCAUUUGAUAAAGCAGCUGAUCUUGAUGUCCUGAGCCAUCCAAUUCUGAAUUUCUUUUAUUACCUGAUGGUCGAGAUUGUACCUUCAGCUAUGGUUCUGUUUAUCCUAAGGAAACUGCCACCAAAACGUGGGAUCACACAGUACCAUCCUAUCCAUUAGAGCAGCCCUGGCUGGUACAGACAAAAUGUUUUUACAGAGUCUAUACAGCGUGGUAAAUACAGGAAAGGCAAUGUGAAAAUCGCCGCAGUUGCUUCGAAGCUUGCCCAGGUUUUGUACGAGGAAGCCUUUAGAAUGUCAGGUUACUAUUGCGUGUAAAAAAGAAGUGCAAUGUACUGUUUACAGGUUUAGAAAUUGUAACUUAAGUAUGCAGACAUUUGUUCUCAGUGCCCUGUAGCCUGUACGCGGUCACAGCAAUUGCGUUCACGUAUUUGUUUCAAUCCCCUUGAUUUCACCUCUGCGACAUGAAAAUUGUAUAUCAGGAGUGUGUGGAUGUUGUACGAGUUUGAAUCGAACCUGAGCCCUCGGUUGUUCCUUGAA